AUGUCAACCAACAUCAUAUUGGCGGUCCGAAAAAGUGAAAAGUCCUACCCUUAUCCAAACACUCUCACAAAGUACUUCAAUGAUGCCAAGGUGGAGCCGAGGCCAUAUGACACAAAAGUAAAGGCCAAGAAGCCUUUCUCAUGGUACCACCUGCAGGGUGCUGACAACCCAAAGUUCAAGGGUAAGGUCACUACCACCGUUGGCCAGUCUGACGAGCCAUCGGUGGUGGGUUCUGAGGCUGCUGCUGAGCCAUCUAUAGCUCCCAUGCCUUCCACAGCAGCCGGGCCUUCCACUGGGUCAGCCAAAGUGCCACCACCUUCAUCUUCUAGGCCAUCAGUUGCAGUACCAAUGCCAGCCUCAUCCACUUAUCCUCUCACUAUGCUUACUGUUGCAGCACAGUCCUCUACCCCAGUAGCACCACAGGGUGCUAUUGAGGAGUUGACCAAGCAGGUGAAGAAGAUGAGGAAAUCCCAGGCUUCAAAGAAAGCAGUGAAGAAUUUGAGAAAAGAGGUGAAAAAGAUAGUAGCAGCAGGUGAUUUUCCUUUUGACCUACUGAUGGAGAUAGAUCCAUCAGUACCAGCUGACCCAGCGGCACCAUCAGCCAAGACACCAGCUGGCCAGUCUGACGAGCCAGAUCCCACUGCUGAGGAGAUGCUUCAGAUGCUCACCAGCCCUAUUGUCCCUCAGCCCGGUGAUGAUGAGAUACAGUUGGAGGAGACUGAGGGUAGUGAUGCUGCCAGUCACCCUGAGACCACAUAG